AUGACACAUUCUUUAAUUAAUGCAGUGUCUCUAAGAACAGCCUUGGAACAAUUUUUACUUUGGUUAGAAAAAAGAAAUCCAUGUGUAUUGAUAGGUCAUAAUUUUAGAAUUUUUGACUUCCCAAGGCUAGUAAGGUCAUUUGAACUAUGUAAUUUAUUAACCUCUUUUCAAAACUGUGUAAUAGGUUUUGUGGAUACUCUGCCUUUGUGUAAAGAACAAUUUCCAGGUUUAGAUAAAUAUAGUCAAGAAUAUCUUGUAAAGAAUUUAAUGAAUGCUCAAUAUUCUGCUCAUAAUGCCCUUGAAGAUGUGUGUAGUUUACAGAAACUUAUCAUAUAUACUGAAAUACCCUUUGACCAGAUGUGUUGUCAUAGUAUAACAAUGGAUGCAGCAAUAGACACAUACAUAUUUGAAAAGAAAGCUGAUGUAAACUUGGUAUCUCUAAGUAAUAUGCAACAGGAAAAAAUUGUAAGUAAACAAAUGGCAAUGAAAAUAGCCAAAAGUGGUUUGUCGUUAGCACAUCUGAGACUGGCAGUAAAUCGUGGAGGUCGCGAUGGUUUAUACAAAUUAUUUACGGAGAAAGUAAAUGGAAAAGUGAGGGUUACCUCUGCCAAGAGAAUAAUAGACAGUGUGUUCAGUUAUGUAUGUCCGACUUCUGAUUUGAACUUAUAAACAUCUCAAAUCUAUGUGUACAUUGAUAUGUGUAACUCCUGAAUGCAAAAUAUACAUGUGGUUACAAUAAAAUAAACAGUUGAACAAAGUUAGUAUCAACAUAACUGCAAUUGUCUAGAAAUAUGUACUAAACUAAACAUGAUUAUUUCAAGCAGUGUUCUUGAAAAAUUUCUUUUUUUUAAUUUGCUACUUUUUGUAUAAUUAGUGGAAUGAUUACUAUGGAAACUAGAAAAAUGCAUGUCUGUUACUAAAGAGUUUAAUAGUAUUUUAUUUUGAAUAAUGCAUUUAAAGAAUAACCAUAAGAACAUAGUAACUAUAUGAAUUUAUGAAAGCAAUAUUUUGUUCAAGUAUUUUCAUUUUUUGUGGAAUACUUACUUUUGAAAUGAUUUUAUUGUCGAGAUACUUUGAAAAGAAAUAAAUAUGGUAGACUUGUUUAAAAAAUAAUGUUCAGAUUCACUUCAUAUAACAUCAAAAGAAAAGGUCAUUUGUAAUAAGUUUGUAUAAUUAUAUAUAACAAUGCAUUUGGUACAAUUUAUUGUUUUUAAGAAAGCAUGCUUAUUUUGACAUAAUUGGUAUUUGCCGUUACCAUGGAAACUGCCAAUUUAUAAAAAAUCUAACACGUCAACAUAUAUUUUUCUUUUUAUUUUUGAAUUCACCAUUGAAUUUCACAUAAUAUAUUAAAAAAAUAGAAAAUUUCAUGAAAGAAAUUUCUUGAUAUCUUUAUUUAUUUACAGGAUUCAUGUUCAGUUUUCUAAUUUUUUUUGUUUAGUGAAGAAAUAUGAAAAACUUAUUUUGUAGAGAAAUAGAUAUGUUCUGAAUCAAUACAGCAUCAAAAUAUAAAGAUAUUUAUGUAUGAAGUCCUGUUUGUUGUUGAUAUUAUGUUGCCAUGUACUUUUUUAUUGAUUUUAUAAGGAAAAUGUGGCAAUUUUGAAAUUUUGGAGAUAUUGGGUUACCAUGGAAACUGCCAUUUGGCCGAAAAACCAACUCGCCGACAUAUAUUUUUUUUUUCAUUUUUGAAUUCACCAUUAAAUUUUACAUAACAUAUUAAAGAUAUAGAAAAUUCUAUGAAAGGAUUUUUUUUAUAUCUUUAUUUUUUUACAGAAUUCAUAGUGAUUUUUCAAAUUUUUUGUCAAGUUGAGAAAUAUGAAAAACUUAUUUUGUAGAGAAAUAGAUAUGUUCUGAAUCAAUACAGCAUCAAAAUAUAAAGAUAUUUAUGUAUGAAGUCCUGUUUGUUGUUGAUAUUUUGUUGCCAUGUACUUUUUUAUUGAUUUAUAAGGAAAAUGUGGCAAUUUUGAAAUUUUGGAGAUAUUGGGUUACCAUGGAAACUGCCAUUUGGCCGAAAAACCAACUCGCCGACAUAUAUUUUUUUUUUCAUUUUUGAAUUCACCAUUGAAUUUUACAUAACAUAUGAAAGAUAUAGAAAAUUCUAUGAAAGGGUUUUUUUUAUAUCUUUAUUUUUUUACAGAAUUCACAGUGAUUUUUCUAAUUUUUUGUCAAGUUGAGAAAUAUGAAAAACUUAUUUUGUAGAGAAAUAGAUAUGUUCUGAAUCAAUACAGCAUCAAAAUAUAAAGAUAUUUAUGUAUGAAGUCCUGUUUGUUGUUGAUAUUUUGUUGCCAUGUACUUUUUUAUUGAUUUAUAAGGAAAAUGUGGCAAUUUUGAAAUUUUGGAGAUAUUGGGUUACCAUGGAAACUGCCAUUUGGCCGAAAAACCAACUCGCCGACAUAUAUUUUUUUUUUCAUUUUUGAAUUCACCAUUGAAUUUUACAUAACAUAUGAAAGAUAUAGAAAAUUCUAUGAAAGGGUUUUUUUUAUAUCUUUAUUUUUUUACAGAAUUCAUAGUGAUUUUUCUAAUUUUUUGUCAAGUUGAGAAAUAUGAAAAAGUCAUUUUGUAAAGAAAUAUGUUCAAGUCAUUGUUUACUUCAUAUAGAAUUAAAUGAUAAAGUUAUAUAUGUACAAAAUAAUGUUUGUUGUGUAUAUUUAGCUGUCUGAAACAUUUUUUUUAAUUUUAUAGAAAAUAUGGCCAUUUUAACCAUUUUGAGAUAUACCGUUACCAUGGAAACUGCCAUUUUGCAAAAAAACCAACACGCCAACAUAUAUUUUUUUUUUUCAUAUUUGAAUUCAUCAUU